AUGCAUAUAACCUUUUCCAUGAAGGAGCUUGGCUUUGUCAAUUAUUUCUUGGGUAUAUCUGUCACCAAAACUGCUGCUGGUUAUGUGCUUUCUCAGCAAAAAUAUGCCUCAGAUUUAUUGGCCAAGGCUAGUAUGAGUGACUGGAAAACUUACUCUUCUCUCAUGGCUACUAAGUCCUCUUCUAGUGCUCUUCCUGCAGCAGUCAAAAGAUUACUAAGGUAUCUUAAAGGCACCUUAUCUUAUGGUCUUCAUUUCACUCCUGGACCUCUUCUUCUCAAUGCCUAUUCAGACUCAGAUUGGGUAGGUAAUGUCCUUGAUCGCAGGUCUACCACUGGUUACUGUGUCUAUCUUGGUCCUAAUCUUAUCUCUUGGUCUGCCAAGAAGCAACCAACUGUGUCUAGAUCAUCUUCUGAGGCUGAAUAUAGAGCUUUAGCCCAAACUUCUGCUGAACUUAGUUGGAUUGGGAUGUUGCUUGCCGACCUUCAUAUUUCUGUUCCAGUGCCUAUCCUAUAG